CACCGAACCGAACCGAACCAAACCAAACGCGUUUAUCUCUCUGUUAGAGUCUCGAUAUCCCGGCCACCGUAGAUGGCGGCGGCGUCCGAAAGUUGCUGCACGCGCUGCUCCACCUUCAUAAUAACCAUAGGCCUAACGGCUCUGUUCCUAUGGCUGAGCCUUCGAGUGGACGAACCCAAAUGCUACAUCGAUUACAUUUACGUCCCUGCCCUCAACAAAACCCUCAAUUCCCCAAAAAACCACACUCUCUCCUUCACUCUCAAGCUCGUAAACCCUAACAAGGAUAAAGGAAUUAAAUACGACGCCAUUAACGUCUCCUUUAAAAUCUUCGUCGCACUCAACGCCACGCGCUCCCUCGGCAACGCCACCGUCGAUCACUUCUACCAGGGCCACCAGAAGAAGGCCCUCAAGCCAGGGUCGCUCCUCGCCUCCGGCAACUUCACGGCGCCGGUCGACGGCAAAGUGUUCUACCGUGUGGAUUUUGAGACGGCGGUGAAGUACAAGAUAUUGCUUUGGUACACGAAACGGGACCAUUUAUGGGGAGGGGCAAAUGUGGAAAUUGCAGAUUCUGGUCUUAAGGUGUACUCAAAACCCGUUAGGCUUGGGAACUCCCCACCGUUGAUAGAGUCCGGCGCACCCGAGGGAGUUGGACGCUAUCGUGCGCUUCUGCCAUUUUUCUUUGCUGUCUUAAUCCUGUUUGAUGCUCAUUGGUUGACUUGACUUGACUUCAGAUUUUUGUUUGUAUUGUUAUUAUUAUUUUAUUUAAUUAAGUGUUGUUUUUCUCUUAGUUUAGUUAGGGUUUAUUGAUUCAGUUCUGGUUCUGGCAAGUGAAAUAUUAUAAAUUGAUAUCAUUUGUGAUUAUUUUUAAUUUUUACUCUUUUAUGUAUGCACAUUAAAAAAA